UCUUCCUCUCCCCCCUCCCUCUCUCUCUUUCAACCUCUAUCUUUCUCUCACUAUUAUAAAUUCUCUUUCCAACUCUCAUUCUUUCUUACUUCUAUUUUGAUAUAUUUUUCUCCAUUCCUUCUCUCUCCCGCCUUUCUCUCCAUCCCUCUUUCUCCCGCCUUUCUCUCCAUCCCUCUUUCUCCCUCUGUUGCAGGACUACCGGGAGGAUGGCAUGGACUUGGGGAGCGACGCCUCCAGUCGCUCCAGCUCCGAGUCCAACUCCAACAAGGUGACACCCUGUUCUCCCUCCUUAGACCUGGCAUGCCUGGAAGACUACAAGUCUUCCCCUUCCCUGGAACUGGCAACCCUAGAUGACUACAAAUCCUCCCCAUCUUUGGAACUGGCAACCUUAGAAGAGGACUACAAAUCCUCUCCCUCCAUGGAUCUGGCAACCCUGGAGGAUGAGGACUAUGAGGAGGAUGAGGACUACCAGGAGUACAAGAAGAAGGUGAUCGAGGAGUGGAAGAGCGAGUACGGGGACGACUACAGCUCCCAGCAGCCCCGUGGCCAGGAGGAGGGUGGAGUUGUGGGGGGGAUAGGGGCACCUGGCGGAGGCUUCAGGAAGCCAGUGAACAGCCGCAGCCUGGCCGAGGAGUUCCAGGAUGUGAAACCUCCACCCCUUCCUACUCACAGUGGACACACAGCCACCUUCGCUGCUGCCGUGCCUGAGGAACUGAAACAGAAUGGCAACCUGAUCCUGCCCCACUCCCCUACCAGGCCCCUACCCAGGGGCACGGGGGCCACCAAGCCCAGCUACAGGCGCUCCAGCCGGGGCAGAGGUGGCAUUGGAGGAGGGGGUGGUGAGGAGGAGAUUGUGGAGGAAGAGUCCCUGCCCACCAUGGACUGGGCAGCUCUGGAGAGACACCUGGCGGGGCUGCAGAGCAGAGAGCAGGAGAACCAGAACCUCAAUCACAACCACAGCCUGGGAAAGACCGCCUACACCUCAGCCCAAAAGAAUGAGAGGGAGUCCAUCCGGCAGAAGCUGGCCCUGGGUAGUUUCUUUGACGAUGGGCCGGGUAUCUAUACCAGCUGCAGCAAGAGUGGCAAGCCCAGUCUGUCCUCACGGCUGCAGAGUGGGAUGAACCUGCAGAUCUGUUUUGUCAACGACAGCGGCAGCGACAAGGACAGCGAUGCAGACGACAGCAAGACAGAGACCAGUCUGGACACACCGCUGUCCCCCAUGUCGAAGCAGAGUUCGUCCUACUCUGACCGGGACACUACGGAGGAAGACAGUGAGUCUCUGGAGGACAUGGACUUCCUGAGCAGACAGAAGAAGUUGCAGGCCGAGGCUAAGCUAGCCCUGGCGAUGGCCAAACCCAUGGCCAAGAUGCAGGUGGAGGUGGAAAAACAGAACCGCAAGAAGUCCCCUGUGGCAGACCUGCUGCCCCACAUGCCCCACAUCAGUGAGUGUCUGAUGAAGAGGAGCCUGAAGCCUACAGACCUGAGAGACAUGACCCUGGGACAACUACAGGUUAUAGUCAACGAUCUUCACUCCCAGAUAGAGAGUCUGAAUGAGGAGCUGGUGCAGCUGCUGCUGAUCAGGGAUGAACUGCACAUGGAGCAGGAUGCCAUGCUGGUGGACAUAGAGGACCUGACCAGGCAUGCUGAGAGCCAGCAGAAACACAUGGCUGAGAAGACCCCAUCCAAAUGAGACACCUCAACCCUACCCCAUCCCUUUACUCCACCCCUGCCCCAUCUUGGUCCCUGUGCCCUGCCCCACGUCUCUCGCUGCUCUCCCCCUCUGUCUGCCCCUCUCCCAUGGUGGCAGCAGCCAGAGGAAGGCCACCCUUUCAUUUGCUUCUGUGGUUGUCCCAGCGCUAAAGACAGAGAAUGUCCUGCUUCCUGGGAGAAGAGGAAACUGAUUGUGUGUUGUCAUGGAUACUGUCCCGGCUUCCUGUGCAGUGAUCGGCCUUGCUUCGCUAUUGUUUAUUUUUAACUUUUUACAUCCACCACUAAAUUAUAACUGUCAAUACAAAAUGGUGGAGAAAAAAAAAUAAUAAUAGUGAGAAAUUAGUAGAAAGUCAGUUAAAAGAGAAAAAAAGAAACAUUGUAUAAAACUAUGAAGACUAACUUCAGACUAUUUUAAGUUGAAAGGUAAUUUUUAAGUAUUUCAAAGUCAACCUCUUUUUAUUCUGCACAAUUGGUAGUUUUCAACUGAGAAAUGUUUAUUUUAAGGUGCUAAAAGAGUGUAAAGGAAACAUGCCUGCCUUGUAGUGGAGUUGUAACUUUUGGUAAUACAUUCACUCUGAUCGGUCUUCAACAUUUUGUGAAUGUUGAUUUUCUGACACGAGUCAAUUUAAAUGAAUAAAUGUGUUAAUAUCAUUUACAUCCUAUUGUAUUGAGAAUUUUUAUUUGAGGGAAGAAAUGUUUAUGUACAGAUAUGUAAAAUAAAAAAUUAACUUUGUUUCAUA